AUGAGUCGACCCAGGCUCGAACUGAGGACCUUCUACAAGGACCCCAAGCGGCUGGAGAAGACACAGAAAGCAGAAGACAGGAUAAACUACAAUGACAAGGUUUCUUUCUCGGAUAAGCCCGACCCGGAGCAGGCUUCGUACAAGCAGCUCACUGCGAAUGACAUGGAGCACUUGCGGGAGCCUCCACGACGCGUGAAGAUGCUCGUGCGCGACUUCAUUGAGGACGCACUCUACAACCCCCACUAUGGCUACUUCUCUAAACAGGCGACUAUCUACUCUGCAUUGCAACCAUCGACUUCUCCUCCGUUCGGAAUAUGGACCAAUUUGAUGCGGAGGUCGCGAAGCAUUAUGCGUCCGGGGAAGCAGCUGUGGCAUACGCCGACAGAGAUGUUUAAGCCAUACUAUGGUCGAGCCAUGGCGCAAUGCAUCGUGUCUGAGUAUCUCCUCAAGUACUUUCCUUAUGAAGACCUCGUCAUCUACGAAAUUGGAGCGGGAAAUGGUACGCUUGCGUUGGACAUUCUCGACUGUCUUCAGCAGGAAUAUCCGGACGUCUAUGAGCGCACCCGCUACAACAUUAUCGAGAUUAGUGCAAAUCUUGCGUCUCUCCAGAAACGGAAGCUCUGUUCGGCCCAUCCAUGCGUGACGGUGAACCAUGAGAGUAUCUUCCGGUGGAAUACACACGAGUCUGCGCCCUGCUACUUUUUGGCGAUGGAGGUCGUUGACAAUUUCGCACACGACCUGAUACGUUACGACAUACGGACACUCGAACCUUUGCAGGGCGUGGUUACAAUAGACAAAAAUGGCGAUUUCGGCUGCCAUUACACCAAGGUCACCGACUCGCUAAUCGCUUCGUAUCUCACUCUCCGACGCUAUCUCAAGCAACCCCCACCAAUAGCUAGACCCCUCCAAUACUUCCCCGCUCUGCGGUCUCUCUACGCCAACCUCCCCCUUGCUCCCAAUCUCUCCAAGCCUGAAUUCAUUCCAACGAGGCUUCUCACUCUCCUCCGCACCCUCCGACGCCACUUCCCUCGACAUCGUCUUCUGCUUUCAGACUUCUCCACCCUACCGGACACGAUCCCAGGCAUCAACGCUCCGGUGGUGCAAACACGGUUCCAGAACACGAUGGUCACAUGCGAGACACUCUUCGUACAGCAGGGCUACUUCGACAUCUUCUUUCCGACGAACUUCGAAGCCCUGCGCGACGCAUACGAAUUCGUCCUCGCUCAACCCCGGGCCACUCCCGACGACCCUCUGGAGCCCGAGCCCGCGCGGGUCACUCCGCUCGCGACGACGGCGUCCUCCCUGCAGGACGGGAUGGGCUUCUUCUCGUCUUACCAUCCCAAGACGCGACGCGCUCCCGUCGAGCGGAAGAGCCAGGUGUACACCCACGCGGAGUUCAUGGGGACUUACGCGGAUGUGGCGAGUACGAGGUUGCGGAGUGGAGAGAACCCGUUGUUGGACACGUACAAGAAUGUGAAGUUCUUGUUUUGA